UCCUCGUACUCUGCGCCACCCCCCAUCUCUCUCUCUCUCUUCUGCUGCAUCAUCGCUGUUUUCGCUCCCUUCUGCGGCCCGAACCGCAUCCCAAACCGACACCUGUCCGUCACUACUGCGCUCCCUCCAACGCCGUAUUGAGAUUCGCCACCCAAUUUCUUUCUCUAAAAUCUUCUCCCAGUUUCGUUUCUUGGAUGGUUUUCUGGUUUUCUGGUUUCUGGGUUCUGGGUUCUGCUCCUUUCUGGCCGCCAUUAAUGGUGUUUGAGUUAGUUGGUCUCGUAAAGCUCGGUUCUUGCUCUCGUUUUUCUGAUGGCUUCCCUCACUCCCGGCGUCUUGCUCAAACUUCUCCAGAAUGUCGACGACAAAGACGCUAAAGUCGUGGGUGAACACCGCUCUGCUCUCCUCCAGGUGAUAAGCAUUGUGCCUUCACUGGACGAUGAUCCAUGGAAGAGCAGGGGAUUUUACCUGAGAGUUUCAGAUUCCGAGCAUUCGGCUUACGUCUCCGUCUCCGACGAAGACGCCGAGUUGAUACUGAGUGACAAGAUCCAACUCGGGCAGUUCAUCCACGUGACUCGGCUCGACGCGGGGUCCCCUGUUCCGCUGCUCCGGGGACUGAAGCCGGUGGCCAAGCGGCGGCCGUGCGUCGGAGAGCCUAAGGAUUUGAUUUCCAGCGAUUUUUUGACGGCUAGAAGCCGGUCGGAGCCCAAGAAGGUGAAGAAGAAUGAGGCAAAGGCGAAAGAAUCAGAGUUGAAGCAUAGAAGACGACAUUCCAUUGAUGCUGGUGGUAAGGUUGAAGGGAUGGAGAUGAAGAGAGUAAGCUUGGAUUCCAUGAGAAGAGGAUGGGACCCGAGUCCGAGUGGGAAAAAUGGGUCUAAGCCUAUAUCUAAGAACAAUCCUCUCAAGAGCUUUAGCCCAGAUUCUGUUUGUUCUCAGAAAAAGGUUUCUUUGGAAAAAGAUUUGACACCAAGGCGAAUAAGCAUGGGUGCUUCACCACUUCAGAACAAGAACAUCAUUGUAUCACCGAAACUGGUCAGCAAACCUUCUAAGAAAGAUGUCCAAACAUCCCAGGAUGAUGCUCUUCCUGGUCAUUUAAUGAAGGUGGAUGUCAGCCUUAAGAAUCUGUCGGACUCGAGGGUAUUCUGGAGUUCUCUCCCGUCGCCCAUUCAUUGUCUUGGGAAGGAGGUUAUGGGUCAUAGGAACGCUGCAUUUUGCUCUGCUAUGCUGGCGUUAGAAGAAGCUUCCGCUGCAGAAGGCGUCAUUCAUUGCAUGAGCAUUUUUGCAGAGCUAUGCGAAUUGUCGGAUAGAAGCUCUGCUGGACAAGUGGUGGAGCGAUUUCUGAACCUCCAGGAAAGCAUGAAGAAGGCGUUUGCUGUUACUUAUGCUCUGAUGAACAGGAGAGCUCUCGAAACGAAAAGCAAAGAUGGUUUUAGCUUACAAUAUUCGUUGCCAGAGAUGUGCAAGAACGCGGUUAACAGAAAUGCAGCGUUGUGGGUUCAGGCCGCAGUGGACACAAGCCUCUCGAGGUUUUGUCUGUUUUCGAAUAAUCAGCAGAAAGGAGGCAUUUCAUCAAGUGGCGAAAAGCAUUAUUGUGCUAUAAUAGAGAACGGUCCCAAGAAAACCGAGAGCGAGAACCUUUCACCUAAAGAUAGGAAAAGCAACACGAAAGGGCAGCCUUCUCGUCCAAGGCGUUCCGUUUCAGCUGCUCAGAACAUUGAUGUUCGAAGGCAAGAAUGGUCGAAAGGAGACGGGCUCAAGGAUGCUGCAAAUUUAGCUGAGAAGUUGCUGUCUUCUUCUCGAACGUGGUUUCUGAAUUACUUAGAGACUAACCUAGACAUGGCAUUCGGGAUGCAGAAGGGCGAAGGGAACCCAGAAAUCGCCAGGCUCCUGGGACAGCUCAAAAGGGUUAAUCAGUGGUUGGAUAACUCGAGACAGGAAGGAGAUAAACCCGAUGAGAGUAUCGAAGGCCUGAGAAAAAAACUGUACGGGUUUCUGCUCGAUCACGUUGUAGUUUAGACCAGUUAGUCGUAGAUUUCUGCACCA